AUGCCGAAUUCAAGCAGCUCCACAUCUUCCACAAAGAGCGUCCGGAGAGCUGCGUCUGAACUCGAGCGCUCCGAUUCCAUUACGUCGCAGAAGUUUGUGGGAAGGCGGCAGAGUUUGAUCGAGGAUGCGCGGAAGGAGCGCGAGGCGGCGGCCGCGGCGGCGGAGGCUGCGGGACUCAGCGAGCAGAUCGUGUUUGAGGAGAGCGAUGGAAAAGCCUUGCUCAGUCUCUUCUUCUCUCUGAGGAGUUCAAAGAGCCCAGCGCUGUCCCGCACUCUCAAGCUCCCCAGUGAUUCUGCUGUGCCGUCUUACGGCGUGCCCAACGUGUCAUUCGGCGCGCCGAUAGAGGAUCAGAUGUCGAUAGCAGCAUCGGGGGAUGGGCAAUCGUCCUCUGAGGAUGAAGAUUCGGCUGGGCUGCCCCCCUCAGGUGUUGCCGCCGCUGCCGAAUCGGACCCAGAGCUGACGGCCGUGCUUUCCCAGGCCGCCGCGAGCAUCGGGCGGGAGGCGUGCACACCUCCGGUCCCGAGCCCUUGCGGCGGGAUGAUUGGUUCCUCGGCACGGGUCGAGGCUCGUGACCACGCCCUGCCCUGGUUCCUUUCUUCCCGGAGCCUUGCUGAGACGAGCGAUGUCGACAAAGUGCGCUUUCUCGACGCUCCCGUCUCCCAGGCUGGACUGUUCGGCGACGCCGUCGAGGACUGUGCCCAGCAGUUCUCGACAGUACAGAAGCAGACCGAGGCCAUCCAACACAUCUUGCCCCGGCGUGAUGCACCAUCUGCCACCGCUCCGCUGUGGGCCAAGCCCCAGUCUGCGUCCUCCAGAGAAGAAUAUUUGGUGUUGAUGGAGGAGGCAACAUCUUCAAGGCAAAACCUUAGACCUCAUUCAACAUCAUCCAAUGUUGCAAUCACCCUCAGGAGCCCCUCCCUGGCGCAUCCCCCUGAGACAGGACCUGCUCUCUCAGGGGCUCAGCACCAUUUGGCACCCGCGUCCAGACUGUUGGAACCUCCACGUGUGGAUCCUGGACCUCCCUUGGAGUCAGACACAGCGCAAGUCACUGCAUGCUGUCCACAUCCCGGGGAAGCUCAAUCGUGCAGCCGAUGCGCUGUAUAUAUGCCCAUAUGUGUAUUCUUCCAUGGUAAGGUUUCCCUCUCUGUGAACCCGUUGCUUCCCUUUGACAGACCAUUCUGUCAGGCUCUGCUGGCAGUCGUUCCUCCCUAUUCUCAGGGAUUUACUGACCCCGUUUACAGAAAACGACGGAAGAUGAUUGGAGACAUUGCCUUCAAAUACAAACAAGGAGAACCGAUUCCCAGAGUGGAGUAUAUGGAAGAGGAGAUCGAAACAUGGCGUGAGGUUUACUCCACCCUCAGAGAUCUGUACACCACCCAUGCCUGUAGUGAACAUUUAGAGGCUUUCCACUUACUGGAGAAACACUGUGGCUACAGUCCUGAUAACAUCCCUCAGCUGGAGGAUGUGUCCCGCUUCUUAAAAGGUACCAAUCCGAUUAUAGCACAGCCAGAAAACAGCACAACCCUACUGCCAGUAACAGAAAAGGAUUGUGUCCAUGAACUUCUCGGACAUGUACCGAUAUUGGCUGACAGAACAUUUGCACAGUUUUCUCAGAACAUUGGUCUGGCCUCUCUUGGAGCUUCUGAUGAAGAUAUUGAGAAACUGUCAACACUGUACUGGUUCACGGUGGAGUUUGGACUGUGCAAGCAGGGAGGGGCGGUCAAAGCGUACGGAGCAGGACUGCUCUCAUCUUAUGGCGAGCUGGUGCAUUCUCUCUCAGAUGAGCCAGAGCGACGAGAAUUUGACCCGGACACUGUAGCUGUUCAGCCGUACCAGGAUCAGACUUACCAGCCCGUCUAUUUUGUGUCUGAGAGCUUCUCAGAUGCUACAGAGAAACUGAGAGCAUAUGUGACCCGCAUCAUGAGACCAUUUUCGGUGCGGUUUGACCCGUACACAGCCAGCAUAGAAGUGCUGGACAACCCACUGAAGAUCCAGCAGGGGCUGGAGACCAUUAAAGACGAACUGAAGAUUCUCACAGAUGCCCUGAAUGUGUUGGCUUGAUUCUGCCGCGAGGAGCCAAUCAGCAGUCCCAUUCCUCUCUGCUUCAUAUGUGACAGUCUCAUCGAUAUGCUGUGUGUCUAUGUCCACAUCUGCUGCUACAGACGUUGUUGCUUUUAAAACGCUGAGUGCCAACCUCAAAACCUCACGUCGGAAGUUGAUUCCAGAAACCUUAAAAGAACUGUUCCCCCCCCAAAAUGAAAAUCAUGUUAUCAUUUAUAUCAUUAUCUAUGUUGUUUCAA